GCUUCGUCUUCCUCGUUGAGUCCCUGCUGCAUCUAGAAUUUCUCACUAGCAUUCAUUCCAUAAACCUUUUCGAAUCACUAACAUCCGUUCCCUCGUCGGAUUCAAAUUUGCCAAUAAAAGUCUCUUCCUUUUUUUUCUUCCUCUCUGCUCUGUUUCAAACCGCAAAAUAUUAAUUUUUUUUUUCUUCCAUCGAUCGUGAUUGGUUGUUGACUAUGCAUAGAUCUGGCACAACAAUGGCGUGGAACGUCUUCAAAUUCUGCACAGCUCUACGUGGACUUGGAUCGAUCAUGAUCCUUCUGGUCUUAGGCAUCGUUGGUGUGACCUAUUACGCCGUCGUUUGGACCAAUUACGGUCCCGCGUUAUUAGACGGAGGGCUCGAUUCUGUUGCAGCUCUUGUUGUUAUACUCCUUUUUCAUUUCUUGUUGGGGAUGCUUUUGUGGAGUUACUUCUCUGUUGUGUUUACUGAUCCUGGUGUUGUGCCUUCUAAUUGGAGGCCAGAUUCAGACGAAGAGCAACAGGGUGAGUGUGAUCCGUUGAAUAGUUUGGAGUUUGGCGGGUUACAGCCUGAUUCGUCGAACCAAAGAACUCGGUUCUGUAGGAAAUGUAAUCAGCAUAAGCCUCCUCGCUGCCAUCAUUGCUCUGUUUGUGGUCGGUGUGUGUUGAAAAUGGACCAUCAUUGUGUUUGGGUUGUUAAUUGUGUUGGGGCGCUUAAUUAUAAGUAUUUUCUUCUCUUCUUGUUUUACACCUUUUUGGAAACAACUCUUGUGACUUUACUUCUCAUGCCACAUUUCAUAGCCUUCUUUAGCGAGGAAGAGAUACCUGGAACCCCAAGCACCCUUGCUACUACUUUUCUUGCAUUUGUUUUGAACCUGGCAUUUGCUUUAAGCGUUAUGGGUUUCUUGAUCAUGCACAUCUCGCUCGUAGCUGGCAAUACCACAACUAUAGAGGCAUAUGAGAAGAAAACAAGUCCGAAAUGGCCAUAUGACCUUGGUCGAAAGAAGAACUUUGAACAAGUAUUUGGUGUGGACAAGAAGUAUUGGUUGAUUCCUGCAUACUCAGAAGAAGAUUUAAGACGAAUGCCAGAACUUCAGGGACUCAAGUACCCGUCAAAACCUGACUUUGAUUCUCAAGAUUUCUGAAGAAACGAACCUGACUUCGAUUCUCAAGAUUUCUGAAGAAACGAACCUGCAAGACUGUAACAAUACCUUAGGGAUGACUUUGUAAGAGAAAGUGUAUGUAAAGAGUUUGCUUCUGCCGUUUAUUCAGACGCCAUUGAAGAACGCUGAGACUAAAAAGCCAAAGUCAUACGUCUAGAUGUUCAUCUUCUUUGAUGAGUAGAUAGCAUAAGAUCUCUAGUUAUAAAUGUAGAGCCAUGUCUCAUGAUUUUUCUUACUAGUCAAUUCACCUUUGUUGAUGCUGUCCUCUUUAGCUUUUAUUACUUUGGACUUUCGUGGUUGAAAAAUAAAAAUUAAAAAUUUGCAAGGAUUAAGGAAGAAGAAUCAUGACGAAGCUUCUAGCUUGUGGUGUACAUG